AAUAUUUGACGUUUAUAAAAAGAUGUUCUAGUUGUGUUACCCUUUGUUUAUUUAUUGCCUGUUUUCCUUCUAUGCUCCACACCUAUCUUCUCUCUCACGGAAAAGGCUGUCUUUGUAAUCAACAAACAUGCGAAGUGGGAACUUGACUUGCAUAUCGUCCAGUGAGAGCUUGGAGGGUGAUGAAGGAGGAGGAGGAGGAGGAGGAGGAGAAGACUCUAUUUUCCUUUCUCUUUGUCCGCCAGGCCAACGCCACACAGUUUCUUCCAAACACCGACAACUCCAAAACAAACAAAUUCCUGUUAGCCCUAAUUCCUCUCUCCAAAACCCUAAUAUUCUUCAUCAUCAACAUGCUGCUGUCACCGUCGCUAUGCAUAUUGGUCCCCCUGCCACCGCCGCCGCCACCGAAUCCAACGACGUCUCCGCUGCCCGCCCGGUUGAUGGCCAGUACUGGAUCCCUACGCCUGCCCAAAUCCUCGUUGGUCCCACCCAGUUCUCCUGCUCUGUCUGCAGUAAAACCUUCAACAGAUACAACAACAUGCAGAUGCACAUGUGGGGACAUGGAUCACAAUACAGAAAAGGGCCAGAAUCAUUAAGAGGAUCAAAGCCAGCUUCAUCAAUGCUACGACUUCCAUGCUAUUGCUGUGCAGAAGGGUGCAAAAACAACAUAGAGCAUCCAAGGUCAAGGCCAUUGAAAGACUUCAGGACUCUUCAGACCCAUUACAAGAGAAAGCAUGGAGCAAAGCCUUUCAGUUGUAGGAAAUGUGGGAAGCCCUUUGCAGUCCGUGGGGAUUGGAGGACACAUGAGAAGAACUGUGGAAAGCUUUGGUUUUGCAUUUGUGGGUCUGAUUUUAAGCACAAAAGAUCCCUUAAAGACCAUGUUCGAGCCUUUGGAGAUGGGCAUGCACCUCAUACCGUCCAACUUUGUGAGGUUGAAGAUGAUGAUUGGGAUGAUAAUGAUGAUCAUGAACAUGUAAAUGGAGCUCAACCCUGGUCAAUUUAUCAUUAAUUUUAGUUUCCAUGCUUCUUAAUUAAUCUACCAUUUUGUUCCCUAAUUGUUAAUUAAUUAAUUAAUUAUCCUUAUCCCAUA